CGGCUCCGCCCCCCGCCGCAGAUCCGCUAUGAGCGGGCGGUCGCCGGCCACGAAGUCCGUUUUCGUCACCGUGGGCACCACCAGCUUCGACGAUCUGAUCGCGACCGUCUGCUCCCCGGCGACCCUGCAGGUGCUGCAGAGCCGCGGCUACGGGAAGCUGGUGCUGCAGGUCGGGCGGGGCGCGCUGCAGCCGGCGCUGCGCAGCAGCCCGGCCUUGGCGGUGGAAACCUUCCGCUUCAAGGACUCGCUGGCCGAGGACCUGCGGAGGGCGGACCUGGUCAUCAGCCACGCAGGUAGAGGUGCAGGUAGCUGUCUGGAGACUCUAGAAGAAGAAAAACCACUAAUAGUAGUAAUAAACGAAAAGCUGAUGGACAACCAUCAGCUCGAACUGGCAAAACAGCUCCACAGAGAUGGGCACGUCCUUUGCUGUAGUUGCAGCACUCUUGUGGAGACACUGCAGUCGAUGGACUUGUCAACUUUGAAACCUUUUCCUCCUGGACAGCCAGAAAAAUUUGCUUUGUUCUUGGAUAAAGUUGUUGGAUUUCAAUAAACAAUACAGAGGAAUAAAAAUGUCGGGAUAAAACCUUUCUCCUUCUAUAGUGAGUCCACCAACUGGGACAAACCCUCA